GAAAAGUCGUCGAUUUCUGACGGAACAGUAGUUAAAAGAAGCUAUAAUUUCGGGCCGCUAAUUCUGAUGCGCAACAACAAUAUCCGCAAUAUCGCAAUUCGCACAAUAAAGUACGAAUAAUUUUGACCGGUGUCCAGGAAGCUACAAACGGACUGGAUCGUCAUUGUAACGUAUUUUGCGAUUUUGCAAUUCGGCCAACUUUUUGAUACAAAUUCAAAUGUCCAAGAGAGGCGUCAUCAGUAUUUGUCUUCUCUGCACGUUGCAUGUUUCUUGCCAAGAUGUUCACGUAUGUUCACAAAAAGAGAGCCAAGCUACCAUCUUCAUGGUAUAACAUCAAAGAUCUGUUUCCGCAUGACGAAAAUGAAAAUAAAGUACCUGUUGAUGCGAAAGGAAAUUACUAUUACGCUAACUGCGAUGCUUCGGUGUGGAUGAGGAGCUGCGAGAAAGAAGUGAUUGAGCCCCUACGAUCGAGCAAAGUCACCGGCACCAUCCCGAAAUGGCUGAAGGGCACCCUGCUGCGGAAUGGUCCAGGCAAUCUGAAAGUGGGCAAAUACCGUUAUCAGCAUCUCUUCGACAGCUCGGCUUUGUUACACAAAUUCGAUAUCGCGGACGGUGAGGUUACCUACCAGAGGCGAUUCGUCCAGACCGAAGUGUACAAAAGGAACAUGGCAGCCCAGAGAAUAGUUUACAACGAGUUCGGAACUAACGCGACGCCGGAUCCCUGUCAGACUAUAUUCCACAGAGUGGCUGCGGUGUUUAAUCCAAACAAAACACUAUCGGACAAUUCCAUGAUUUCGAUAUAUCCAUUUGGCGACGAAUAUUACACGUUCACGGAAGCGCCAGUGAUGCACAGAAUCGAUCCAAAGAAUUUAGAGACAAUGGGCAGGGUAAACAUGUCGAAAUAUGUUAACAUCGUAAAUCACACCUCGCAUCCUCACGUUAUGCCCGAUGGUACGAUUUAUAACGUCGGAUUGAGUGUAACGCCGAUGGGACCUCGAUACAGCGUCGUAUGUUUUUAUCCCAAUUGCGUAACUGUUGAUAAUUCUGGAAAAGAAAAAGAACUCUCCAUGUUCGAUCAAGCGACGAUUGUGGCCAGUGUGCCGUGCAGGUGGUUGCUAAAUCCAUCAUACAUGCACACCUUUGGCAUCACGGAGAAUUUCUUUAUCAUAGUGGAACAGCCACUGUCGAUUUCGAUCGUCCAGAUGACAAAGAACCACUUCACACAAGAACCUAUGAUGAAUUCCUUCAAAUGGCACGAAAACAAAGGUACUCUCAUCCACGUGAUCUCAAGGAAGACGAGUCAAGUUGUAAAGACUUUUGUUGCGGAGACGUUUUUCUAUCUCCACAUCAUCAAUCAGUUCGAAACUCGUAAUAAGGACUACAUCGUGCUGGAUAUAUGCUGUUAUCGGAACCCAAAAAUGUUGCAGUACAUGUACUUUGACGCGAUGAAAGACAUGCAUGGGAACGCCAAUUUCUCAAAGCUGUUCCGCGCCAGACCGCUACGUUUCGUACUUCCGAUGAGAAAACCGAGCUCGGACACGCCAUCGGAGCAUAAUCUUAUUACGACUGAAACAGUGCAUCAGAGCACGGAGUUCCGAGAUGUCAACGGCGAUUCUGUCGAUCGUAGAUCGAACUAUGACGUUAAUGGCAACGAAGACGACGUUGAAUACGACAGUGAAGCUAAAUUUUGGCGAGACGAACAUAGAAGCGUUCUGCAGAAAAAGCCGGCCGCUCACCGACUUCUCAACGGCAAGAUCUUCGUGAAGCCAGAGCUUCUCUGUGAUGUCGGUUGCGAGACUCCGCGGAUAAACGCGGAUUUUCAUCUCGGCAAGGAGUAUCGAUAUUUCUACGCGAUCUCCUGCGACAUGGAUCUGAACAAUCCUGGAACGCUCAUCAAGGUCGACACCUUCCAAAAGACCAAGAAACUGUGGCAGCAACAUGGUGUUUACCCAAGUGAACCAAUUUUCGUACCAGAUCCCAAUGGAAAGAACGAGGACGAUGGGGUGAUUGUGAGCUCGGUCGUAUGGGCGGAUAAAGAGACACAAGUCGGUUUGUUGAUUUUGGAUGCUGUGACAUUUACAGAAAUCGCGAGAGCUAUCUUCGACACACCGGGACCGGUACCUAAAUGUCUGCACGGUUGGUUCAGUCUGAACAAAUAA